CAUUAUCCUUGGUUAUUUCAAAUAUUAUCUUGAUGUUAUCUGUAACUCUUCUGGCUCUCUGCAUUUAGUCUUAUUUAGAAAACACCCAACCAUGAACUUGAUUUCUACUUUCACUCCAUCCAAACAGCCGAAUCCUAAAAUAUGAAGCUGAUUUAUUUCAAAACAAAGGAAGUCAAUUACAUUAAAGACUUCUUAUAAGUACCCCUGGAGGAAAGGGAGUGAGACAGAGUGUCCAGAGCAAAACCAGAUGUACAGCCAUUAAUUUCCAUCCUGGAGAAAAAGGGUCACUCAAAAUGAAGCUUCUAUCAUGGGCCUGCGUCUUGUGUGUUGCUUUUACAAAGGAUUACAGUGGCAAUCGUUACCUACUUAACCCAUCUCUGAGUAUUCCUUAUCCCAUGUCAGGCACUGAUUCUGCUCCUUCUUUUCGUCCUUCAGAGAAUAAAGUCCCCCAUUACCCUGGGAAUCCUGACCCUCAUACUGAGGUGCCCUCAUUUCCCUGGAUUCUCACCUCUCCCUCUCCCGGAGCCCCCUUCUACCACACUUGUAAUUUCCCUGUAACUGCUUGGCCGAUCUCCUCUCCUCCUCCUCAGGAAUCUUCCCAUGUUGUCCCUAACUCACAUAGACCUGAAGGACCUUCCUUCUCACCCAAUGCUCCCCUGUCCCCCUACUGCCGACCCUUCUGUAGCUACACCUCAUGUAGCCACAAGUACUACGCCACCUCCACACCUAGAGACUGUUGCAGUGGAGCCUGGGCCGAUUGAGCCUGAUGACGCCGAGCCCGUUGCCCCAGAACCUCAGCCGCCUUCUUCUGCCUAGGU